AUGCUAUCAGCAACGUUGUUCAUAUUCUGUGUAAGUUGGCUUCAUGUUCGAGCAGAAACAGUGUCAACUAGAUAUGGAGAUAUCGAAGGACUCGUGACUUCAUAUCCGAAUGUCUCUGGUCCUUUCAAGUCCGUCAGUAAGUUUCUUGGGGUUCCUUUCGCCGCUCCACCAACUGGAGAGCUGAGGUUUAAAGCCCCACAACCGCCAAAAGCGUGGAAACCAAAGGUUCAUUCGGCUAAGACACAUGGGAGUAUCUGCUUACAGUCUAAAUUGAUUGAACUCUUUUUCAAGCCGGUGAUAAUGACUCCGAAUUUCAACUACAGCGAAGAUUGCUUAUAUCUUGACAUCUACAGCCCGAACACCAGCCUGAGUUUGCCAGUGAUGGUUUACAUCCACGGUGGAGGAUACAUCGUCGGAGGAGCAGUAACUUCUCCCAGUGAUAUUUUGGCUCUUCAGGGUGUGGUGGUGGUCAUAAUCCAGUAUCGUCUUGGUCCCUUUGGUUUUUUGACGACUGGUGAUUCGGCGGCCCCUGGUAACUAUGGAAUGUUGGAUCAAGUGCAAGCUCUUAAGUGGGUCAGUGAAAACAUUGCGAAUUUUGGCGGGAAUCCCAGCAAGGUGACCAUAUUUGGCCAAAGCGCCGGCGGAUCCAGCGUGGCUCUACAUGUUCUCUCGCCUCGGUCCCGCGAUUUCUUUCAUCAAGCUAUUGCAGAGAGCGGUGUAGAAUUAAGUUCUUUUGCAACGCAGCCAACAUCGUUUGGUCUAGGCAUCACAAAAGAUCUUGCACAAAAACUGAAUUGUGGUUCGAACGACCACUACGCAAUGGUUUCCUGUAUACACAACAAAAGAGCCUCAGACAUACAGAAAGCCGCAGAGUCAAUAAGGGUGGAUCACUCUACUUAUCUCCCCUGGGCACCAGUUGUAGACAAAAAGUUUCUUCUUGAAACACCUCAAAGUUUGAGGAUGAAGGGAGAUUUCAAGCAAAUACCGCUCAUUAUCAGCUUCACAAGUAACGAGGGGGCAAUGGCUGUUGGAGCACUGGCCAGCGAUUCAUUUGGGCUGAACGAGAGCUUGGACGAUGGAGUCAGUCCGACUUUCUUCAAAACAUAUCUAGCCAAGUUUGCUCAUGCUCGAGACAGUCGGUAAGAUCAGUGAAUAUUAAAUGACUAAAUAUCUACACAGCAGCUGUAAUUUGUUAAUUCAUACAGUAAAACCCCCCUCAGCGAGAACCAAGAACCUGUUAGUUAGGCCCUCUCCAUACCUGUUUAGCCUACAAUUUGAAGCAAGUCAUAUUUUCUAAAACCUCUAAGAAAAAUUCUGUACACUUGGGCAAAUAAGAUAAGUCAACAUUCAGGAUACUCUUUACUCCAACUGCAAUGUAAAUGCUAAUGUUGAAAAUCCAACUGAAUACCAGUAAAUACCUUUACCCGCCGACAGAUGAAGAAAAUAUAAUACAAAAACAACUCUAACAACAAGAUGUUUUUCGGAGUUGUUUUCGUUGUAUUAUAUUUGCACCAGUAAAUACUCUUAGCUACAAUAAAUUUUUUUCUUCAGAAAAUAAGAACCUAUUUAAGUACCUAAAUAGCCUAACUUUGUGCUUACUAUCAUUUAUGUAAAAUCCUGUUCAGGGUAACUUGGGAAAAUACAGGUUCUUUCUCGUGGGUUUUUACUGUACUUUGGGAAUUCAUCCACAGGCUCGAAAAAGAGGGUCCAAACUACAAACAAAAGAGACGUAAAACUUCAUUAUAAAAACUCAUUAUGGUUUUUAUUGUAUUCAUUCAAAGAGGACAGACGGCAAAUUGUUGUUGCUCGAAAUAUCUAAAAGUCCUAACUCUUAAUCAGUAGGAUCAGGAGCCUGUGGCUCUUGGUAGGAUGGCUAAAAUAUGUGCAAUUCCACAAUUGGUUUCGGCUCCAUUAAACCCUACAUCAAUGGUACGCAUUUUAGAAGGAGCCAUCCACAAUGUGAGAACAGUUACUGACAAUGUAUAUCAGUAGGAUCAGUAGUCAGUACCACAGGAAAGUACUCUGUAAUAUAGAUUUUAUUUAAUGUUCAUGCUGUAGCUCAGUGUUUAUAGAAAUGUAACCUGUAAAACUCAUCUUUAAGCUUGCCUCUUUCAGUUUGGUAUAAUUCCCAAAUACAUACGGGGGAUUUAUGUCAUAAGAGGUCUUUCUGUAUUUUGAAAGAGAGUUUUUUAGGGUUAAACUAGACUUGCUCACAAGUCGAGCUCAAAAUUUUUCUCGACCUGAUGGUCUAAGGACAGAUAAUAGGGAGCUUAAGCAACAGCGUUUUUGGGCGACGGACGUCAACCGGAAGUGGACUUUUUGCAUCACUGGGGAAUGAUUUGGUUGAAACUCUCGGGUAAAUCGUCUUUAAAAGAGAAAAGAAACUCAGCAAUACAAGUUUGUUAGCGUCAAGGCAUAUAAAAAGGGAGAAGGCCUCACUUCCGGUUGACGUGCGUGGCUCAAAAACGUCUUUGCUUAAGGUCCCUAAUGGUCCUAGCGCAAAGCGCGAGCUAGAAAUUUUUUAACUUUUUCGGUUGCAAUGCUAGCGGAACUGGAGACGAGAGGCAAAGGACUUUGACAAAGUCUAGGGUUAAACAUAUGAACAGAGGGGCCUAAGUUUGAGUUUUAUGGUAUACUUUACUCGUUGCGUGUCUGGUCUCAACUUACCAAGACAUAUCCCACAAACGACUUCAGAUUUUUCUAAACAACACUGUCCUAGCAGCAAAACCCACGAGAAUACGAUUCAAAGACCGGUUAACCAGGCCUUGCAUCCCAAAACGGGGGGAGGGGUAACCCCGAUUUAGCCUUAAUUGGUAUGUGCCGCUGUACAGAGCAUGGUUUCAGAGUCUCUCUUGGUCUUAAUUAAACAGGGUCUACACUGGGUCUACAAUCUCACCAUUUAAACAGGGAAGUAGCCCACAUAGGAGGUUCGAUUGUUUAGUCUCGGUAGAAAAUUUUUUCUUUACCUUUUAUGGCAAACUGAAUGCGAUUUUUAACAACAAAUAUCUUUCGCUUUUUACAGAAACAAGACCGUCGAUCUCAUCGCCGAUGCCUUAGAGUUUAUUUACACCCCUUGGCCUGACAACAGUGAUAAAUACGCACUAAGAAGUCAACUUGUUGAUCUUAGUGGCGAUUACUCCUUCUUUGCCCCAAGUCACAAGGUCGCUGAUGUCCACAGCAAGGUCGCUCCUGUUUUCAUGUAUGAAUUUGCUCAUCGGGGAAAGGCAAGUUUGGGCGCUGCAUGGAUGGGCGUUCCCCAUGGCGAAAACAUUUUCUUUGAUUUUGGAGUUCCUUUGCUUCCUAAAUUUUCGCCAUAUUAUAGUCAGGCUGACAGAAAUGUUAGUUCGCUUAUUAUGACCAUGUACGCAAACUUUGCCCGGUCCGGAGAUCCUUCAGUCAGCGGUGUCGCGUGGGAGAAAUACAAUUCAAGUCACAGAGCUUACCUUAAAGUGGACACAAGUCCCGAGUUAAAGGCGUCAUUUAAUCCUCGCCGAAUGUCUUUCUGGAAUGAUUACUAUCCUAAAUUAGAGCAGGUGAAGUUUGAUGUCAAUAAAGAGGUGGUCAGCGGUGCUAUCUAUGUUGUUACCAAGGGAACUAUUUUUCAAGUUGCAUUUGCCUUGAUGUUAUUUUUUAUUUACUGAGACUUUUCUUUGUUCUAUGUAUUCAUUCAUAUAACUCUGUUACAUAAGUGGAUAUAAAGAUUGAACUUUUCCUUAAUGUUACUGCUUGCGGGAAAUAGA